AUGGUGGUGAUGGAGGUUGAGGUGAUGGUGAAGGUGGAGGUGUUUAUUGUGAUGGUGAUGAUGGUGAUGGUGAUGGUUAUUGAUGUGCAUUUGGAAAUGGUGGAGUUGAUGGAGGUGGCGAUUCUGGUGGUGAUAGUGAUUGAGGUGGAGGUGGUGAUGUUGCUGAUGAUGAUGAAAGGUGGUGAUGAUGGAGGUGAUGGUGGAGGUGAAUGUGUAAGUGAUGAUGGUUUGGUGGUGGUGAUGGUGAUGGAGGUGGAGGUGAUGGUUUUAGAGGUGGUGGUGAUUAAGGUGAUGGUCGAGGUGGAGGUGAUGAUGCUUGUGGUGUUUAUUGAGGUGGAGGUGGAGUUGAUGUUGAUGGAGUUGGUGAUGGAGGUGAUGGUGGAGGUGGAGGUGAUGAUGCUUGUCGUGUUUAGUGAGGUGGAGGUUGUGGUGAUGGAGGUUAUGGUGGAGGUGAUGAUGCUGGUAAUACUGAUGGUGACGGUGAUUGAGGUGUAA